AUGUCUCUCCAAACCUCCGCAGGACCGAUCAACGCCGAAGAUGCCGACAACUUCGAGGAGAUCGAGAAGCAGUUCGCCGUCAAAGUCGUCGAACACAUGUCAACAUACUGGUCCAUCCUCGAAAAACUCCCCGGCUCCAAACUCCGCCUGACAAAAUACGACGACGAAAUCCUCGAGCACUUCAACAAAGAAUUUCCCGACUUUGACCUCAAAGCUACGAUUAAUGAGGAUGAUAUGAAGAGUAAAGAGGGGAAAGAGAAGUGGAGAAAUUUCAUCAAUGCGUAUGAGAAGAAGAUUGAGGAUUAUAAUUUUGGGGCUAUGGUUAGGGCGAAUCCGGCGUUUGAGUAUGAUGAGAAGGGGACGAUAUUUGCUGUUCGCAUGCAGUUCUAUGCGAUUGAGAUUGCGAGGAAUCGGGCUGGUUUGAAUGACUGGAUUUAUGAGAAGGCUAAGGCUAGCAAGUCAUGA